GCAGUGAUUGCAGAUGGUGCUUGGUCUAAACGCUCUUACAAAACGAAAUACAAUGCACUUUCUGGAGUUGCCUGCAUAAUUGGAGCUAAAACAAAAAAAGUUUUAUUCAUUGGCGUAAGAAAUAAGUAUUGUUGUAUUUGCCAGAGAGCGUCUAAAAAUAAUUUAGAUCCUAAAGAACACCUUUGCUUCAAAAAUUGGAACUUGCCUUCAACCGCUAUGGAAGCAGAUAUUAUUGUAGAAGGUUUUAAAAGAAGUAUUGAUAUGCAUAAUCUGAUAUACUCUAAGCUUAUAGGUGAUGGAGAUAGCAGCGUGAUGAAAAGACUACAUCUAGCUAAACCAUACGGGUAUAAUUUUGUGAUUAAAAAAAUUGAAUGUUCCAACCAUAUACUGCGCAAUUAUGUAAAUAAAUUAAAAGACAUAUCUACUAAAAGAAGAACUACUAGAGGCGUAAAUAUUCCGGGAAAUAUAAGACAAGCAAUAAAAGAUAGAAUUCUUAGACUUAGGUAUGCAAUAACAGAAGCUGUAAAAUAUAGAAAAUAUCAAGAAGAUAUAUCAUUUGAACAUAAAUUAUUAAAUUUAAAAAAAGAUUUAAUAAAUGGGCCAAGUCAUGUUUUUGGCGAUCAUACGAAUUGUCAGUUUUACUUUUGCAAAGGACAAAAAGACGGCGAAAUAAAUUUAGUGCCACAGAUGAAAUCGUUAGGUAUUUGGGAAGAAUUAGUUGCAGCGAAAAGUCUUGUAUUAUAUCAUGCUGAAAGUUUAUUGUACAAAUUUACAAAACAACAAUAUCGGGACCAGAUCAGCAUUACGGAGCAACAGCAGACAUAG